AACUGGAUGAAAGCAUCUCCUUGGCUAAUUGGUGCAAAUCCUCGAGAUUUCAUUAUGCCUGUCGAUGGUGAUGAUGGUUUUUAUCCUACUGGGAAUGACCUGAAACCUGAAGUCAUAAGUUCCAAUCGCAAAUAUCGAGCCCAUGUGUUGGUCUGUGCUCCAUCCAACUCGGCACUUGACGAGAUUGUAUCCCGUGUUCUUCUAACAGGAAUACGUGAUGAAAACAACAGCACUUACAAUCCCAAGAUUGUGCGUAUUGGACUAAAGGCGCAUCAUUCUGUCAAAGCAGUUUCCAUGGAUUACCUUAUACAACAAAAACUUUCUGGUGUGGAUCGCUCAGCAGAUGGCGGGCGGCGAGGAGCUGGUGAAUAUGAUCGAAUUAGAGCUUCAGUUCUUGACGAAGCAGCUAUUGUAUUUUCUACCCUGAGUUUCAGUGGAUCAGCCAUUUUCAGCAGGAUGACUCGUGCUUUCGAUGUUGUUAUAAUUGAUGAAGCCGCACAAGCUGUAGAACCAGCGACUCUUGUACCCCUGGUUCAUGGAUGCAGACAAGUUUUUCUUGUUGGUGACCCAGUUCAGUUGCCCGCAACUGUAAUAUCAAAGACUGCUCAGAAGUUAGGAUAUGCAACAAGUUUGUUCCAGAGAUUUCAAGCUGCUGGUUUUCCUGUGCAAAUGCUCAAAAUUCAAUAUCGUAUGCAUCCAGAGAUUAGCAUAUUCCCUUCAAAAGAAUUCUAUGAAGGUAUCCUAGAAGAUGGGGAGGGACUCAACAAAAAACGUCUGUGGCAUUCCUACAGCUGCUUCGUACCAUUUUGCUUCUUUGAUAUUGAUGGGGUUGAAUCCCAGCCAUCUGGAAGUGGUUCAUGGGUGAACGAAGAUGAAGUGGAAUUCAUAACACUCCUAUAUCACCAAUUGGCCAUGCACUAUCCAGAGCUCAAAUCUAGUUCUCAAGUAGCUCUUAUAUCACCAUACAGGCAUCAGGUGAAACUUUUGAAGGACCAUUUUAAGUCAACCUUUGGUGACCAAUCAAAGGAAGUUAUAGAUGUAAACACGGUUGAUGGAUUCCAGGGCCGUGAAAAGGAAGUUGUCAUUUUUUCAUGUGUAAGAUGCAAUAAGGAGCAAAAGAUUGGGUUCGUUAACGAUUUUCGACGAAUGAAUGUUGCCAUCACCAGAGCUAGGUCUGCUGUACUAGUAAUAGGUUCUGCUUCAACAUUGCAGAAAGAUGAACACUGGAACAACCUUGUUGAGAGUGCCAAAGAGCGAAACCACUAUUUCAAGGUUUCAAAUCCAUUCACCACGUUCUUUGCUGAGGACAAUUUCAAAACCAUGAAGGUGGAAAAACCUCCUCCUCCAGACAUGAGGAUAUCGCAGGCAAUAGAUGCAAUUCAUGAAGUUGUUGAGAGGCAAGAGGUCAUGGAUGUUGAUGAUGCUGGUGACCAAGCAGAUGGGGAGGAUUACGAUGCCAUGGAGGCUGAUGAUGGAGGUGGUGAUGAUUAAUUGUUGGCUAUAAUGUAAUGUUGGUCCGUGUGAAGAAAUUUCAUUAGAGGCCUGGUACAUAGAAGAGCAAAGUUUUGUAAGUGGAUAUGCAGGUUGGGGGCCCUUCUUUCUAGGGCCUUCAGUUAGAAAUUGUGCUAGUUAAAUUUUAGGAGGAAAGAGGUUAUUGCAUGCUUGUCUGACUUCAUAUUUGGAGCCAACUAAUUAUCUAGACAAACUCAAUGGAUCAUUGAAAAAAAAUUAAGUGCAGAAUUGCUGCACUGGCUUAGUACUA